AUGGACACGGCCACGGUGUGGCUCGGUCGGAAGUACACAUCAAGACGGUGCAUCAUGGCCAUGGCCCGCACCAUUGGCGGGCAUGAACACCAUGAACCUGAACACCAUACUCACCCGAAGUACGAAUUCGAGUACCACGUGGAAGACCCGCACACUCACGACAAGAAGAUGCAGCAGGAGCAUCGCGACGGCGACGUCGUGAAGGGCCGCUACAGCCUGCACCAGCCCGACGGCCACGUCAGACAUGUGGAAUACCACGCCGACAAGCACGGAUUCCACGCAGACGUUAAAUACAGCCAACAUCAUGUACUAGAUCUCAUACAUCAAUUACCAAUUCGUAUUCGAACGUUCAACAUCCUUAAUUUUAUUUUUAAAAUGUUUUCUAAGAUAUUCGUGGUUACCGCUACCCUGGCUGUAGCUCUUGCUAGGCCUCAAGAAGGGCACGGGCACAAUGAACAUGGACACGCGUACUCGUCUCAGAGCAUCGUUCUACACCAGAGCCAAGGUCAUGAGCAUGGACAUGGGCAUGAGCAGAUUGGUCAUAUUCAGCUUGGCCAUGUGCAACUUGGUCAUAUCCAGCACGAGCCCGUGCAUCUAGUGUCAUACCACGAGCCCAUUCACACUGUGUCACAACAAACUCACCACGCCGUCUCUUCACAAAACAUCCAGCGGCACGACGUGCCCGGCAAGGCGCCCGAAGGCCACCACGACUACUACGCGCACCCUAAAUACGAGUUCGAGUACAAGGUGGAGGACCCGCACACCGGCGACAAGAAGUCCCAGCACGAGUCCCGCGACGGCGACCUCGUGAAGGGCUACUACAGCCUGCACGAGGCCGACGGCACUGUCAGGAUCGUGCAUUACACCGCUGACCACAAGACUGGAUUCAAUGCCCAGGUCCAGCGUGAAGGUCACGCCAAGCAUGUAGUACCGGCUCAUCAUCAUUAAUUUACGUUGUGGUUUCUUAACUAUUUUUCAUUUGUGUUAAUGCUUGUGAUACCUGAUUAUGUAAUAUGUGUUAAAUUAGUUUUACAACAUGUAAAUAAAGCUGUUGCUUCGAU